UUCAGAAAUCAAAGUAUAUAAAAAGUAAAUAUGAAUGAAAUGGCAGUUGUCGUGAUCGAUACUGGUGACACCUGAACCUAAUAAUUGAGUAUUACAUGUUCCCAUGGCAACUGAUUGUCAGGAAACAGUUGGUAAAUGGCAGUUCCUGACACUAUAAAAAGUCAAUUUUACCAUCACUAAUGUGUGUUGGGGUGCAAUUAUGUUUUUUAUGAUUUUGUAGUGGGGUUGCUGAGGUGGUUGUUGAUUCUAGGCUGGACAUGGAGGUUACCACUAUUUGACUCUUAAGUUGCUGGCUUUGUCAGGAUUGGAGGUUAUCCUGUAUACAUUGAGGUUGGUCUCCCCAUGCAGGAUGAUGUGAAACCACAGAGUUCCUAUAGCUGGUAUGGCCAUGAACAUGUAUCAGAUCCCAUUAGUCCUCGAAGAUCUAAUAUCACUUACAGUGCUGCACAAGUUAAGGGUGUGUAUAGUAGUGUAAGCUAUAGUCCUCAAAAUGGCUCUACUGGUUUUGGACCAAUAACUGUGUAUAAGCCUGGUUCUGACUCUGAUGUUAGAUGUCAAGUUCAAGGAUCUCUGUCUUCAGCUGGUAGUGGCAGUCUGGGACCCAUUGCAGUGGCCACGGAAUCAGAAAGUAUGAGCAUUGAGUCUCUACCCAAGCCAGCGCAGCUCAACUAUCAAACUUUAUGGCAGUCUAGUAUCGAGUCUGUGGCAUCUAGUAGCCAGCAACUAGUGCAGACCAGCUCCCAGUCCUGUGGCCAAUUAGUGCGAGUCUGCUACCAGUCUUCAUUGCAGCCUAUUGUCAAGCCUCAUAAAAGUAGACUUCAAGCUGGUUCCAGGAUAUUUUCUGGUACCAGGCCAGUGCAGACUUCAAGUUCCACCUUUUUCGUAAAGCCUUUGCAGCAAAGAAGUGAGUCCUCACAACCCAGCUAUCAGUUAGGACAAGGCAGCUAUGGGUCUGGACUUGUGCCAUUGCUCAGUGGGCAGCAACUAGUGCAGUCAAGCAAUGAUUCCACAGUUCAGCCUAAUGAUGUGCAACUAGCACAGGCAAGAUUCCAACCUGUGGCCCUGCUCAGCCUCCAACAAUCAUCUCAAGCCAGCAGCCAGAACUUGGAACAAGCUGUCUCUCAAUUCUGUGGACCAAUCCAGUGGCCUGCCAUCAGCACAAGCCAGCCACCAGUCUGUGGACCAGUCCAGCGUCCAACACCAAGCCCAAUCCAGCCCACAGUCUGUGGACCAGUCCAGUGCUCUGCCAUCAGCACAAGCCAGCAACCAGUCUGUGGACCAGUCCAGCAUCCAACACCAAGCCCAAUCCAGCUCACAGUCUGUGUUCAGGCCCAGUGGCCCACAACCAUGACAGGCCCUCUACCAGUCUCUGUCCAGGCCCACCCAGUGGCCUGCAGUCAGCACAAGCCUCUUACCAGUCUGUGUCCCAGCCCAGUGGCCUGCAGUCAGCACAAGCCAGCUACCCAUCUCUGGUCCAGCCCAGUGGCCCACAAUCAGGACAGGCCCUCUACCAGUCUUUGUCCCAAUCCAGUAGCCAGUAGCCAGCAGCCAGCACAAAUCCACUACCAAUCUGUGUCCCAGCAGCCUGUAUUCCAGGUCUUUUCUGUGCCAGAGCAGUCAAGUUAUGGGUCUCAUUCCAGUCUUGGUUCCCACUCUCUAGAGCAACCCAGUAAUGUACCUCUUUCUUCAAGCUAUGAGUCUGUGAUGCAGUCUUACAAGCCUGGCUUUCAAGAUCCAGCACCUCCACACUCUCAGACUACUCAAAACAAGCGUUUAUCUCUAGGCAUAUUGAGGUUGUUGCAACAAGUGAAGUCUUAG